AUGUUCUGCACCCGGUGCCUGCGCGCAACGGUCGCGCGCCGCCAAUUCUCCUUUUCACGGCAGUUCUCAUCGUCCCUGCGAUUCUACUCUACCGAGCCUCAGCUCUCGACCCCCACCACCGACGCCGGCGAAGCUGCAAAGCCGGCCGCCACUGCGCGAUCCAGCUGCCCGGAAGGAACUGUACUCAAUGGCCUGAACUACAUCAAAGGCGGGCAGGACCCCGUCGCCAAGAAGGACGAGGACUAUCCGGAGUGGCUGUGGUCUUGCUUGGAUGUCAUGAAGAAGGCCGACGCAGCGGAUGACAAUCUGGGCGACGAAUUCUCAAAAUCCAAGAAACAACGAAAACUCGCGGCCAAGCGCCAAAAGGCCCUCGAAGCAAAGCUCCUCGCUGAAGGCAACCUCGAGGCCCUGGCGCCAAAGGUACCGCUGCAGCAGCAGUCUGUGAACUUGCCCGGCGAGCAGAACGGCAGCGUGUUGGACAACCUCGCCGCGGCGGAGAAGCGGGAGGAAUUGAGGAAGGCUAUGCGCAAGGAGAGAAGGGCCAAGAUCAAGGAGUCUAACUACCUGAAGUCUAUGUAAAAAAAAAAUUGUGUAAGGUAGGGAAAGAGCAAAAAAGCGAGGGUUGGUUAUAGACAACAUUAUCUGUACAAUAUAUAACGAAAGAUUUUUCAAGACAAGAGAAUCUCAAUACCUG